ACUGAGCCCCGCACGCUUCGUGGGGGAGGAAACGACCACGUACAGUUACGUGGCAAAACAGCGGCGAUCUACUACCGCCGACUUUAACUAAAUUGUUAGCCAAAAAAUAAAGGUAGAACAUCUUUGAGUGGCUUUUCUCCCGAGGUUUAAAGACGGAGCAUAAUCCAUAAAUAUGCGUAGUUGAACCAGGGCAUUUUCAAUGGAUUGUACUUUGCAGGAGUUUUAUUGGAAGAUACGUUUUUGAAUGGAAGUAUUCCUGUGGAUAUUGUGCCUAUUGUAUGACGACAAACAAUUCUGUAAAGGAAAGGGGAAACAUUACCAUGGAAAACGCCACUUCUACCCAAGAUAACCAGACUCUGGGUAGCUGGACUGAUCACAGCCUUGAGUACAAAGUGGUAAGCACGCUGUUAGUAGCGGUGAUCUGCGGCAUGGGCAUCGUUGGAAACGUGAUGGUGAUCCUAGUAGUGCUCACUACUAAACACAUGCGGACACCGACUAACUGUUACCUGGUGAGCUUGGCGGCCGCCGACCUGAUGGUACUAACGGCAGCCGGCUUGCCCAACAUCACAGAGAGUUUGUAUGGAUCCUGGGUGUAUGGCUAUGCUGGAUGUCUGUGCAUCACUUAUUUCCAGUACCUGGGCAUUAACGCCUCAUCAUGUUCCAUCACUGCCUUCACCAUUGAAAGGUACAUAGCAAUCUGCCACCCUAUCAAAGCCCAGUUUCUAUGUACGCUGUCCAGGGCGAAAAAAAUCAUACUGGCAGUGUGGCUGUUCACCUCCCUCUACUGUGUCAUGUGGUUCUACCUGUCAGACACAGCUCAGAUUGUGUACAAGGAUGUUACUAUAGUGGUGUGCGCUUACAAAAUAUCCAGAAACCUUUACCUGCCAAUCUACUUUUUGGAUUUUGGGAUCUUUUUCGUUGUGCCCUUGAUACUUGCCACAGUUCUGUAUGGCCUCAUCGCUAGGAUUCUCUUCCUGAACCCUUUACCCUCGGACCCAAAAGAAAAUAGCAAAAAGAAAAAAGCACCCACUCCGCAGAUGAAGAAGAUGCAAAGUUACAGGAACUGCAGCCGCUCUUCCAGCACCACGGCGACGUCCAGGAGGCAGGUGACCAAGAUGCUUGCAGUUGUGGUGAUCCUGUUCGCACUGCUCUGGAUGCCCUACCGCACGCUGGUGGUGGUGAACUCACUGCUAGAGCAGGCCUACCUGGACACCUGGUUCCUGCUGUUUUGCCGCUGCUGCAUCUACCUGAACAGUGCCGUCAACCCGGUCAUCUACAACGCCAUGUCACAGAAGUUUCGCGCCGCCUUCCGGAAGCUGUGCGGCUGCCAGUCUAGACGCGAGAAGCCGGCCGCGUGCAGCGUGGCGCUCACGUACAGCGCCAUUCGCGACACAUCCAACGGAGACAGCCCCGAGCACUUCGCCACCGAGCUGGACGAGCUGGCCGCCGCUGAGGAGCUCCUGCAGCACGGCAAGGCCCUGCAGCUCGCCGGCACGCGCCUCUCGGCCAAGGUCUCCUUCAGCGAGGCCUAGUCCCACCUGGGCACGCCGUCAGUCGGACUGAAUACGGAUGACCUUGAAUUCGGAUACUACCACGUGGAAAUUAUAUUAGAGUAGCUGACAACCAUGGAAGUGUUUUUAUAUUCUCAUUAUUAUUAUAAUAACCAACAACAGUAAAUAAUAACAAUAGCAACAGUAAUAGAAAAGAAAUAAAUGCUAAAGACAAAAAGCGCAUAAUUACAGGCUACAUUAGGUAACACGUUCACUGGCAACUCUCCCAGUGGCCCGAUAAAAGGUAAUUUCACCCACCAAUAAUGAAUAGCUUUGGUGGAGGGUAAUUUUUUUUCUUCAACUGGAAUCCAGACAAACUGCGUGUGAUCUAUUGGAUAACUGUCCAUUCAUAUGACAGCCUGCCAGCUUUAUUGUCAUGAUCUUCAUUAUUCAUUUAAUUUUCCUAGCUGCAAAAUUUAUGGUAAUAUAAAGAUGAAAAGGGUAGGGAGACCAAAUUGUGAAUCGUAGUA